AUGAUUCGUUUUACAAUGUCCUAUUUGGCUUUCUUCGUGGUCUGUCUUGUUGCUACAGUAUUUGCCGAACCACCCGAGCGUGUAGUAGGAGGUACACGAGCUGCUAUUGGUGAAUUCCCCUAUCAAGUUUCCAUAAGAAUUGGUAAUCAACAUACGUGCGGUGGAAGUAUCAUCUCUUCAAGACAUAUUCUAACUGCUGCACAUUGUGUUAACAAUUGGGGUGGAGCUCCCAACAACUUUUAUACCGUUGUAUCUGGAACUAACAGUCUUAGUAAUGGUGGUGAAGUUCACGGCAUCAGUUCUGUUUCUGUUCAUCCCAAUUACAUAGGUACUCAGGAAACUUCUUGGAUCAACGACGUUGCUGUUAUUACGUUAAGAUCACCUAUAUCGUUCAACAGACUUCAAAGUGCUAUUCCAUUGGUCGAUACGGAAGUGCCGAAUGGUAGUCUGCUCAAUUUGAGUGGAUGGGGUAAAAUUUCAACUAAUGGUCCACUUUCUAAUGCAUUACUGAAGACCUAUUUGUUCGCUGAAGAUUAUGCCGUUUGCCAACAAGAGCAUACGAUACCCAUCUAUCCAAGUCAAAUUUGUGCACUUAAUCGAGUAGGAAUUGGUGCUUGCCAGGGUGACAGUGGUGGUCCACUCACUUACAACGGUAAAAUUGCUGGCAUUGUUUCAUGGGUUAUUCCUUGUGCUCGUGGAGUACCUGACGUUUUCACCAAAGUCUCGGCUCACCUAAACUUCAUUAAAUAUGUUGUCGAAUCCACAUAA